AUGGAACGAGCGCAACUUAGCAAGAGCAGCUUUUUCGCUGCCCUCGAAAGACUAGACCAUCUGGAAGACACUGAUGACGAAGAGGAAGAUUCUUUCGAGCGUUUUGCUGCUCGGAAACCUUCAAAAAUCCCAAUUCCAACUGCUGCUGCUGCCACCGUUUCACUUUCCCCAGAGCCUCCAGUUCUUGUCCGAGCAAACACGGAUCCAAAGCCAUCAUCCGCAAAUAAUCCCGAAAAGUCUAAAGAGGAGACAGGAAUCAAAAACCCACACAGGGUUGAGCAAUCAAACAGCCUCGGAGUGAGAGCUCUUGAACGGGUCUCGACUACUGGAAGUAUGCCGGACACAAAGAGCGGAGGUCCUGUUUCGAAGAAAAGAAAGCCAAACAAAAACACCAAGGUGGUUCCUGAAGAUCAGCAAAUCUUCAGAGACUUGGUAUUUUUUUUCUUCCCUAACAGUGAUACCUCGCCCCCUCGUCGGCUUCGAAUUCAGCGAGCGCAGGAAUAUGGUGCCCAAUGGGCCCGGGAAGGAUCAGACAAAGUGACCCAUGUUAUUGUAGACAAAUCCCUGUCAUAUCAGGAUCUUCUAACCCACCUGAAACUGGAGACUUUCCCUAAAAACGUCAUUAUAGUCAAUGAGGUGUACCCAUCGGACUGUAUCAAAUUUCGCACGGUAUUAAGUCCACAUUAUGGUCGAUUUUGUGUCGAGGGAACCCCGGUGGUCACCGCAAAAAAGAUACCAGAAGCUUCACCCGCAGAAGCCGAGUCUGAGUCCGCAGACUCUUUACCUGUGAAGAAAUCCAAGAGAGAGGAAAAGAAGGAACAGACACCAACUCAAGACUCUCAAGAAGACGUUCCGCGCAAUGUUGGUCCUGUAUUGACAUCACCACCUAGUGAACCUGUACAAGAGUCCGCACCGAAUAUCGCUCGCAACCCAGAACCUCGGGAAAGAGAUGCCUUGGACGACAUAAUAGAUGAGUCCAAAGCGACGAGCCAUUUGCCCCUCGAUUCUUUCGACUCCCCUGAUGAAGACACGGAUGGCUCCGAUAAUGACUCUACUGCUUCGGAGUCUGACAGGGCUCGGAAGACGCCCAAAGCUCCCAGAAUAGAGAGAACAGAGUCUUGGGCAAAGAGCAUGGCGUGUAUGCAGAAAUUCGACCCUGGCACCCAAAACGAAAGCGCCAACAACAAAACCAUCGAGAUCCUGCAGCAAAUGUGCGAUUACUAUGAGCGGACGGGGGAUAAUUGGCGCAACCUCGCUUACCGCAAGGGCAUCAAUGCCCUGCGCAGACAGACCGAGAAGAUAGUUACACGAAAGCAGGCCCGGGCUAUUCCUGGCAUCGGAGAGCGAUUGGCCGACAAGAUCGAGGAAAUCGUGCUGACCAACCGACUUCGGCAAUAUGACAACACAAGUUACACCGCCGAAGACCGUAUUCUUCAAGAAUUUCUCGGGGUCUAUGGUGCCGGUCUCUCCCAGGCGUCCAAAUGGCUGGCUCAGGGAUACCGGACCCUUAACGAUCUCCUUGAGAGAGCGCCUCUGUCCACAAACCAACGUAUUGGGGUGGAACACUACAAUGACUUUAUGCAGCGAAUCCCACGCAAGGAGGUUGAAGCCCACGGGGCGAUCGUCCGAAAGGCCGUACAGUCAGUGGAUUGCGACAUGCAGGUGAUCAUUGCAGGCUCUUACCGCCGCGGGGCACUGAAUUCGGGAGAUGUCGACGUUCUCAUCACCAAGCCCACUGCCACGUUAGAGCAGAUACGAUGUCUUAUGACAGACACAGUGAUACCUCAAUUAUUCAAGGAUGGGUUUUUGCAAGCUGGACUUGCCACCUCUAAAAAACAUGAUCAUGAUGGAUCCAAAUGGCAUGGGGCGUCGAGCCUCCCUGGUAGCUCAAUCUGGCGGCGCAUUGAUCUACUCUUUGUGCCUGGGGCAGAAUUUGGGGCGGCCUUGAUCUACUUCACUGGCAAUGACAUUUUCAAUCGUAGCAUGCGACUCUUGGCUCGAAAGAAAGGGCUAUGUUUAAAUCAGCGCGGGCUCUUUGCCAAUGUGCUACGCGACGCGCAGCGGGUUAAGAUCAAUCCGGGCCAAUUGCUCGAGAGUCGAGAUGAGCGUCGAAUUUUUGCAUUGCUGAAAGUGCCGUGGCGACCUGCUGAACAGCGGAUUUGUUAA